AUGGUCGCCCAAAUUAUAUCUCUUGAUGAUCUCAGUAAAAAAGCUUUGAGACUGAGAUCUUCCAUUACUGAGAAAAACUUAAAUCCCUUCAUCACCCUGUGUAAAGGAGAGACAGGAUCAAAGACAUCAGCGGGUGAAACAAAAGUUGUGAUUUCUGCUCAAGUUAUUGUACUUAUUUCAUGUGUUCGAUCGAUGAAUCAUCAUUUAGAUGAAAGGGCAAUUUAUGGCUUCAUUAUAUAUCUUGUAUGUUUUCCUGCAUUUGGAUUGUAUGUAAUUUGGGCAUAUAUUCCACAUGAAUGGUUAAAUUUAAUUGGAAUAACGUACCUACCCAGCAAACACUGGUCAGUUACUGCACCAAUUUCACUACUGAUUUUAUGUAUAUCUGGUCUUUUUGCUUACAUUUGGAAUAAUCGUUCACUCAUGCAACCGCUUACAUCGAUUUAUCAAAUUAGAGAUUCGCUUUCAAUGUAUGCUCGAAAUUCAACUGAUAGUUAUGUCACAGAUCAACAGUCGUCUAAUUCAAACGUAUCAAAACCAGUCGAGUUAUUGAGACCAUUAUCGAUAAUCCCCCCUGUGUAUGAUUUGGAUCAUAUUUGGGUAACGAGUGAGUUGUAUUUAAAGACAAAUAAAAUUACCACCUCAAGCAUUAUUGACCAUGAUAUUAUGAAGUAUUAA